AUGCUCCUCAGCCAACUGACCACUCUCCUGAGCCUGCUCAGUGGAGCCUGGCUGCCCAUGGGCUUGGGGAGGCCUGGACCCCAGGGUCCGCCACCCCAGCCCCGGGCUGCCGCCAAUCAGACCCAAACCCUGGCCUCCCUGGUGCCAUCCUCUGCCCUCAGCAGCUGGAAGGCCUUCUUGGACCUGCAAAAAACUCAGCGGCUGGGGACAGGCAGGCUGCAGCGUGGACAGGAGAGGGCUGCCACCAUGACUCUUCCAUUGGACCCGCAGGAAGUGGCCCAGGAGAAGUGCAAGGCUGUGCCCUUCACUCAGGUGCUCUCCCGGCUGGGCUGCACGGCCGUGCGCCUCCGCAAUCACCUCUGCUUUGGCCGCUGCUCCUCCCUCUACGUGCCUGGUGUGGACCCCACCCCGCUUGUCCUCUGCAACAGCUGUGUGCCUUCUCACAGGCGCUGGGCGUCCGUGGUCCUUUGGUGUCGGGUGGGCAGCCCAGCCUCCCAUCGGCGGGUGAAGACAUCCACCGUGCUGGUCGAGGAGUGUCAGUGCAGCUCAGAGGUGUAA